AGGAGCAAAAAUCAGCCUGAAAUAAAUAAUGAUUUGACAUUUAUCCUGAAAAUUAUUGAUAUCGACUGAUUUGACAUUUUGUGGCCGUAUCACCCAGCCCUACUUGAUAUUUUACCUUUAUCUGCUUUUACAAACUGAAUCCUGGUAGUAUAAAACAAGAUUUACCUAAAAUGUGAAUAAAAGUUAAUGAAGUUUGGUGGGAUUGCGCCCGUUUCACAGCGCAGCCACCCGCCCAGUGCUCAUGUGCAGCUUCUCCAGCUGUAUUGCUGGAGCCAGAUUCGUUCGGUGAGCACAGGGUUUGGUUUUUGUCUCUUUGGUACCGUGUUGUACCCAAACUGGCAACCUAUUUCUGAUGAAAAUGGUUGUUUUUAGCAUAUAGUGCAGCCUCACAGAACUGGUGUAGACUCUUGCUACGUUUCUGUUUGCUUGGAGAUUAAACAAACAAGCCAGAGCCAGGCUAACUGUUUCCUUAAAUCGCUCCCAUUCAAGACUUAAUUACUUAACUUAAAAUAAAAGGAGUCAAACGUAUUCAGUUGUUGACAGUUUUGAAUAAUGUCUUUUUUUCUACACGACAUGUUUUUCUAGUUUUUGAUGUUGACUCAGCGUCUCAGUGUUUAUUCUAAACUCAAAGGUUCGGCACAAACGUCUGCUGUCGAGGUGAGUAAAACUUUUAAAAACUGUUUUCAACUUCAAGCAGGCAACAAAAGAAACUAAACCCAAAGCUCCACAUUCUUCUUCUAAUCCUGCUUUUAGUGUGUUUUAUGUCAAAGCUCAGAGUUUCCUGUGUCUGCAAUGAGCUUCAGGCUACUAAUAAAGUUUGACUCCUCCUCACUCCAAAGGUCCUCCUGCCUGAAAACAAGGAGGCGAGAGGAGAAAACAAGAAAGUCAGCCCGACAGACGGGGAGGAAGGAGGGAUGGGAGCGCAGGAAAAGGAGGAGGACUCGGCUCCUUCGCCGGGGAAGAAGCAACAGAAAACAUCCAAAGAAGUGUUUUUCUCCGUCCUGCCGGAUAAAUACGAACCUCUGAUCGAAGAAGAGGAGGAGGCGGAGGAGGAGGAGACGCCAGAGGAGAGGAGCAAGAGGAAGGAGGAGAAGAAGAGGAAGAAGAAGAAGAAGUACAAGAAGUACAGGAAGAACGUCAGGAAGGCGCUGGGCUUCAGCUGGCGCUGCCUGCUGGCCGGUCUACAGACCAUGGCCUGCGCUUACUCCACACCGCUCUCAGCCAUGUCCACCGUGCUGACGGAAGUCCACAGAUAAACCGGCAGCAGAGCAUGAUGGGAUAGAUUCUGAGCUUUGACCCAUAUUACCUUGGGGCCCCCUGUCCUGUUUGGCCCCUGGGCCUGGUGAUCAUCCAGGCUGUGCACCAGGAGCAUGAAGACGGAAGGAUGGAUGAAGUGUUUAAAGUGUGGGAGCUUACGUAGGGAUGUUAUUACUAAAGAUGAAGUAAUAAAUGGAUUUUUGUAAUAAUACAUCGAUGGCUGUGAACUAAAUGUUAAAACAGUAAUAAAAGCUAAAGAAUCCUCAUUUAAUCUAUGAAGAAAAUAACUUUUUAAAGGGAUUGUUUUUGGUCUUAUUAACACACACUCUGAUAUGUGUUGUAUUUUUAGUUUAUUGUGUCUGUACGUUUUUAAUACACGACAUUUAAUGUGUCUGAUGAACUUUAAAUUCUUUUACUUCUACUAUGU